AUGAAUGGUAAUAACAGACCAACAAAUGGACAAGUGAUGAGUGAUGACUUGGAAGAAUACUCGGAAAAUCCAUGUAUUGUAGAUUUAUUUGAUAAGAGAAAUAAAUUUCUAACGGAACAAUCACUAGCCGUGGAUACUACAAGCCUACAAUCUGAAGUGUAUGGACAAGAUGUUCAACGUAUUGGAUGGGAAGUUAGUAUUAAGAAGUCCCGAUCAAAUUAUAGACUUGAAAGAAUGAAGACGUAUGAUAAAGCACUGGAAAAGAAUGCUGAUGAGAGUAAACCAAUUGGUGAUUUGUGUGAUAUGGAGAGUAAAUUACACUUUCCGACAGAUGAAAAAUGUUGCUUUUAUUCGUUUAAAUCAAAUUCUAGACAAACACCAUGCUCGUUUACUCACUUUCAAUUGAGACAUAUGAUAGCAGCAACUUCGCCUACUGAUGUAUAUUAUAUGAAUGAUAAUUCAAUUCAUCAUUGGAAUUCUAUAACAAGAACAACUCAACAAGCUGAUGGAAAAUUAUCAAAUUCGAAAGUAUCAAUGGAUCUCAGGAAGGGAAAGGGAAUUGUAAAGGAUUUAACUUAUAUGGAUUCGGAAGCUUCAGGAAUUUUAAUAUCAACACUUAAUGCUAAUUACCCAUAUCUGGUAGCUGGUGGAUUUAAAGGAGAAAUUGUAAUUAUGAAUUUAGAGAAUGAUGGAGAGGUUAUUUACAAUAACCGAAUAUCACACUCUGCCAACUCUAUAACAAAUUAUUUAGAUUUGAAGGGAAAUUCAUUGUUAGUGUCAAGUAAUGAUGGGUUUGUUAGAAAGUUUGAUCUUCCUACAAUGGACAUGAUUUCAGCAGUAUCUUUUGAUUAUUGUAUCAAUAAUUCAGUGACUCAGUCAAAGAAUG